AUGAUGGAAAGGAUAAGAAAAGAGAUGAUUCUGAUGGAAAGAGGGUUGCACAGCCCAACCACAGGCAAAAGGAUUUCCAAUUUAUCCGACUCAGCUGGCAAUGCAGUUUUAGAGGCCCUGGACAAUUCACAUCACACAGCUCGCCUGAGCCCCAGACUAACUUCCACCUCUUUGCACGGAUCCAUAGGGGACAUCCCCACCAAGGGCAAAUUUGAAAUAGAUAGUUUGUUUAGCAUCCCUCACCCCAACAGUGAGAGCAACAGCGUUUCUGAUAUAUCUGGGCCAGAAAGGGUGAAGAAGUCCAGUCAGUAUUCUGAAGUGGUCCCAGACUCAGAUAUGAGCAGUGAUGUGGAGGUGGGGUGUUCAAACCUGCGCUCCCCAACAAGUCUCAGAGAUACCCAGCUGAAGGACAAAGGAUGGACAGGGUUCUGUGGCAUGCUGACAAGGUUUGUCCCUGCUUGUGUGCUUGCAGACAGUGGAUCAGUGGCCAGUACCACCAGCUCCUCUGGAUCUGGGUUAAACAGCCUUAACAGCAGUAGUAACCCCGUUGGGAGUUCGAGCUCUGCUGCUGACCAGGUGCGUCGUUACCGGACUGCAUUCACCCGGGAGCAGAUAGCAAGGCUGGAAAAGGAAUUCUACCGAGAGAACUACGUGUCUCGUCCCCGGAGAUGUGAAUUGGCUGCCGCCCUAAACCUCCCAGAAACAACCAUUAAGGUGUGGUUCCAGAACCGCAGGAUGAAGGAUAAAAGACAACGUUUAGCCAUGUCCUGGCCUCACCCGGCGGACCCCAGUUUCUACACCUACAUGAUGACCCACGCUGCGGCCACCGGAAGCCUUCCUUACCCCUUCCACUCGCACGUCCCUCUGCACUACUAUCCCCACGUGGGGGUGACGGCGGCAGCGGCGGCCGCGGCGGCUUCUGGGGCAGCGGCGGCCGCAGCGUCUCCCUUCGCCACCUCCAUCCGACCUCUGGACACCUUCCGCGCCCUCUCACACCCCUACUCCCGGCCGGAACUACUUUGCAGCUUCAGACAUCCGGGCCUUUACCAGUCCCCCGGGAUUAACAGCAGCGCUGCGGCCGCCGCAGCAGCUGCCGCAGCGGCAGCAGCUUCCGCACCUGGCAGCACGCCGUGCUCCUGCCUCAGUUGUCAUAGCAACCAGACGGCGUCCGCGCUGAGCUCUGCAGGCAGGGGCUCCGAGUUCACAUGUACCGCGGCCUCCCAGAGAUCAGAGAGCAGCUUCCUGCCCUACUCCGCGGCAGUCCUCAGCAAGACCUCCGUCACCCCCCCGGACCAGAGAGAGGGGACCCCCCUGACCAGAUAACUGCACCCCAAAACUGGACUCCUCUAACCAGAUAACUGAACUCCAAAACUGGACCCCUCUAACCAGAUAACUGCACCCCAAAACUGGACUCCUCUAACCAGCUAACUGCACCCCAAAACUGGACCCCUCUAACCAGCUAACUGCACCCCAAAACUGGACCCCUCUAACCAGAUAACUGCACCCCAAAACUGAACCUCUCUAACCAGCUAACUGCACCCCAAAACUGGACUCCUCU